UCAGUUGCUGGUCGCCGCCGCCGCUGCGAUGAUGCGCGCCGUGCUGAGCGCCUGCGCGCUGACGCUGCUGCUGGGCCGAUCGGCCAGCGGCCGGUACGAGCCCACCUGGGCCUCGCUGGACACGAGGCCGCUGCCAGGCUGGUAUGACGAGGCCAAGUUCGGCAUCUUCAUCCACUGGGGCCUGUUCUCGGUGCCCAGCUUCGGCGACGAGUGGUUCUGGGAGUACUGGAGGGAGCAAAAGUGGAAGCCGUACGUCGACUUCAUGGACAAGAACUACCGUCCCAACUUCACGUACGCCGACUUCGGGCCUCAGUUCACGGCCGAGUUCUACAAUCCGGACCAGUGGGCUGACCUGUUCAAGGCGUCCGGCGCCAAGUACAUAGUGCUGACUAGCAAGCAUCACGAGGGCUUCACCAUGUGGCCGUCCAAGUACGCCUGGAACUGGAACGCCAUGGACGUGGGGCCCAAACGGGACCUGCUGGGUGACCUGGCUAAGUCCAUCAGGAAGCGGACGGAUGUCAAGUUUGGCGUCUACCACUCGCUCUUUGAAUGGUUCAACCCCAUCUUCCUCGAAGACAAGAAAUCAAAUUUCACCACCAAGAUUUUUCCGCACGCAAAGACCAUCCCUGAGCUCUAUGAACUGGUGGAGAACUACAAGCCGGACGUGAUCUGGUCGGACGGCAGCAUCGCCGCACCCAGCUCCGACUACUGGGGCAGCAAGGACUUCAUCGCCUGGUUGUACAACGACUCGCCGGUCAAGGACACGGUGGUGACCAACGACCGGUGGGGCCGGGACGCCAGCUGCGCACACGGCGACUUCUUCACAUGCCGUGAUCGCUACAACCCCGGCGUCCUGCUGCCGCACAAGUGGGAAAACUGCAUGACCAUCGACAGCAAGUCCUGGGGCUAUCGUCGCGAGGCGGUGCUCGCCGACUUCCUCACCAUGGAUGACCUCACUAAGGUGCUGGCCGAGACCAUCAGCUGCGGGGGGAACCUGCUGAUGAACGUGGGCCCCACGCACGACGGCCGCAUCGUGCCCAUCUUCGAGGAGCGGCUCCGCCAGAUGGGCCAGUGGCUCGGCAUCAACGGCGAGGCCAUCUACAGCUCAAAGGCGUGGCACCACCAGAACGACAGCACCACCAGCGGCGUGUGGUACACGCAGCGAGAGAAAUCGGUGUACGCCAUCGUGCUGGACUGGCCCGACCGGGACAUCUUGACCCUGGGCUCCAUCACGAUGGCCGCCGAUGGCAAGGUCCUCAUGCUGGGCCACAAGGACCCACUCAAGUGGACCAAGGACGGCCAGACGCUGCAGGUGAAGUUCCCCGACCUGGCGCAGGUCUCGUCCCGCUGGGCCUGGGUGCUCAAAUUCGACGCGGCCUCACCCAUGUCCCAGGAGCUCAACCAGAUCAGCCGGUGGGGCUAACGCCGAGGACGCUCGCGCUCGUGUUUCUGUCACGAUGAACAAUCCAGAAUUGAUUAGUAGGUAACAUGUCGGCUGAUGCUGAACGACGAAUGCAGAUAACUGGGAGGGAGCGCGGGCAGUCGGCCACGGCCAGUCACUAUCCGAUGCCGCCUGCAUCGGACAAGCGUCUGGCACCGGACGUGGACCGUGUAAACGUCUGCUAAACACGGGCCGUGUGAAGGGACGCCGGACAAACGCCGUGUGGACUGACGCCACGCAUGAGCGCCGUCCCCAAGACCGGUCGCGCCUGGUCGCUUCGGAGGGAGCGACACGACACGGUUCCACGGCCAGCGCGGGCUAGGCCCGUGUGCUGUUCGCGUGAAAGGCAGCAUGAACGACGUAGCUGAAUGGAGCGCCCCAGGGGUGCGCGGCGGCGCGUGCAGCCGGCACGACUCGUGUUUUGAACCACGACGCCGGGUGUGAUGCGCACAUCCCACAUCUGGCCAGGUACCCACAUGCUUUGGAAUUCCGUGUUUGCUGGAAUAUAACCUUGGGACAUCGUA